AUGGCGGGCGAAGCAUCACCCCAGGCGUCCGGUCUCGCUGCUGGCCAGCUCACAGAGCUCGAUCUCUCCCCGUCCAAAGCUCGAGCGCACGCCACAACGACACACGCAUGGUCUCAAGUGAUGUCAUGGCUGCGCGAGACUAUGAAUCCGACACCGGUCCCGCAAUUCGAGCGGAAUGCCGAAACGCUCGCGUAUCUGCAGACCCUGAUGCAUGCGAAUCUUGCGGCAAACAGCGCACGCAAGGGACUGCAUGAGAGGCAGUCAAGCCAAGUACAGGCCUACGAGAAUUACCGCGCUGCCUUGGAAAGUGAUGCCGGCGUCCAGAUGCUGCAGGCAGUGGAAAGUCAUCUAAGUGAUCAAAGCGCAUCAGCAUUGGAUUCGCUGUCGAAAGUAUGGGUGCUCUUAGGACAGCCGUUGAGGGGCCCUGAGUGGGCGACAGACCUGGAGGACCUCGAAAAGGUGCUCGACAACGCUAUCUUGAGGCUCAGCGCAGAGACAUUCCAGCUGGAGCAUUUAGUACGAGAUCUUUCCUUGAGGAAAGCGGACAUUGACUACCGAAUCAGCCCCGCGGAAGUCAGGGAGGCAGAUGAUGGAGCAGAGGUGGACACAGAUGCUGCAUUGAGAAGGCGACAGAUAGCGCAAUUUACAUCACAAACAAAGCAUCUGGCUCUGAAGUUGGCGGAGUAUGAUCAGCGUCUCGAUACUAUGUCAAAAGAGCCACAGCGUGGGCCGGGCCUGCAGUACCUUCGAAAGCGUCAGAAGGAGCUGCAGGAGAUGCAGAAAGCUGUUAAAAGUCUGGAGAAGGAACUCAGCGAAUACCAUGGACUACCUCCGGACGUGGAAGCAAGCCGCGCGGAGGUGAGACGAGCCCAGUCCGAGCUCGAAACUCUCAAGCGACGACGAGAAGAAAUGCUGUCCGAGAUGACGGGAAGCUAA